AUGCUCUCACGUGUUGCUGCAGUGAAGGCACCCCGCACACACAACCGUCGCCGCUUGACCGGAUCGAGCGGAAGGAGGAGGGAAGGAGGAGAGAGUGAGCCGCAGAGGCCCAACAUGUCCCGGCGUGUGUUCUAUUCCGCGGUGCUCCUCCUCCUCCUCCUCGUGAUGUGGAUGUGCUGCGGCCCCUGUGAGGCUGCGGCCGCAUCGACGGGUGAGAAUUCAGUGAAUGCGCGGCUGCCACGGAGAUUUGAUCUAUUUGUGCCGCAGACGACGGUGUUGCUGCCGAGAGGUGGAGUUAAUUCGGAAAAGAAGUGGAAUUCAUUUGCUUCACCCUCUCUUGUCAGUGCUGGUGGCGUAAUUGCUGCCUUCGCCGAAGGUCACCCGAGCUCCAAAGAAUCCAAUAACGCAUCAAGUGAGCCCUCUUCUGAUGCAGUUGCUUGGUACAUUGACUCUGCGUGGGAUUGGUCCACCCUUGUUGCUGAGGUCAAAAAAAGUACAUGGCAGGCACACACCGUGCUCGGUAAAGCGGAUGGAACGGAGCGUUUUGAUGUUGUGCUCCGCCCCACAACCACCACGAAGGACAAUAAGGUGUUUCUUCUUGCGGGAAGCUCUGAUGCGUCCAAUGUAAAUGAGAGUUGGAGUCAUGGCGGCUUGAAACUGAAACUAGUUGUGGGUGAUGUCAGGAAGCCUACGGACAGCGAGCAGAGUGGAUGGAUCAAUUGGGGCGAAGUCCAAUCACCGUUGAACGAGACCACUGGAGCUGUUCAAGGAAGAAAAUUGACGGGGUUUGUUGCUUCUGGUGGCGCAGGUGUUUUGAUGGAGGAUGGCACGCUUGUGUUUUCUCUGAUGGCGAAGAGUGAAGAAGAAGACGUUUACUCCAUGAUCAUUUAUUCGAAGGACAACGGCAGUACCUGGGCGCUCUCAAACAGUGUUUCUUCUGCGAAAUGCGUUAACCCCCGCAUCACCGAGUGGGAGGGAAAGCUUCUCAUGAUUGUUGACUGCGAGAGUGGCCAGAGGGUGUACGAGUCGCGAGACAUGGGGAGAUCGUGGACGGAGGCCAUCGGGGGGCUAUUGGGCAUUUGGGUCAAGUCACAAUCGGGAGCCUCUCAGGAUUUAAGCCUGCAUGUGGAGGCCCUCAUCACCGCGGCCAUUGAGGGAAGGAAGGUCAUGUUGUACACACAGAGAGGGUACGUUUCGGGGGAGAAUAAGGCCACUGCGCUCUACGUUUGGGUGACGGACAACAACCGCUCGUUUCAUGUUGGACCGGUUGGCAUGGACAAUGCUGAAAAGGAGGAGCUUGCCAGCAGCCUGCUGUACUCGGGUGGCAAUCUGCAUCUUUUACAGCAGAGGGACAAUGGUGAAGGCAGUGUCAUGUCACUUUCCCGCCUGACGGAUGAACUGAGUACAAUCAAGUCCGUCCUCAGUACUUGGUCGCAAAAGGACAUUUUCUUCUCCAGCUUGUCUAUACCCACGGCGGGUCUGGUGGCAGUUUUGUCCGGUGCGGCCAGUGAUGGGAGG